AUGUCAAAAAAACUUGCGUCACCAUUGUCCUUCUUACCCCUUUAUAAUUUGCUUUCUGCUGUUGGUUGGUCUUAUUUGCUUUACUUGGUCAUCUCCUUGUACCCAAAAGUUGGACAGCCAGCAUUCUUCUACCAAACUAAAAAUGUCGCUACCCUUGUUCAAUGUGGUGCUAUAAUCGAGAUCAUAAACUCAUUUUUAGGAGUUGUACGUUCCCCAUUGCUGACCACUGUUGCACAAGUGUCUUCAAGACUACUAGUUGUCCUCGGCAUCUUCCAAUUGUUGCCAAACACAAGUGGUGUUCAAUCAGUUGUUUACAUAUCAUUAUUACUGGCAUGGUCUAUAACUGAGAUCGUCAGAUACUUGUAUUAUUUUUUCAUGUUGGUAUUCAAGAAUGGCGCACCAAAGAUCUUAAUUCUAUUAAGAUAUAAUUUGUUCUGGAUUUUGUACCCCACUGGUGUUGCCAGCGAACUACGCAUUAUUUACUGUGCUUUAAAUGCAGCUGAAUCUCAGUAUUCUUUACUUUACAAAAGAAUUUUAAUAGCGGCCAUGCUCGCUUAUAUCCCAGGCUUCCCAAUGCUCUUCCUACACAUGGUAGCACAGAGAAAGAAAGUCAUGAAAAGUUUAAGAUCCUCUUUCGGGAAGAAACUAAUUUGA